AUGGCAUCAAGGAUCAAUGGCCCUCCAUCUGGGGUUCCCAAACGAAAACCUCUUCCCGAUGCUGCCGUCCCGCCAAUUUCAGAGUCCAACAGCGACCUCGAAAAGACAACCGAGCCGGUUCCCCUGGCGCCUGCGACCGACCGAACGCCAACACAGGAGCACAAACUCACACCAUGGCAACAGCUACAGCUAAGGUGGAAUCAGUUUUCAGUUAAGAAAAAGCGGAUCAUCAUCGGUGCUCUCAUAGCGACACUCGCGCUUCUUGCCCUUAUCGUUGGUCUCACUGUGGGGUUGACAAAACGUCAUGGAAAGGGCUCGAACCUCCCUCUCCCCACCUCGAACGGCGGGACCUACACUGGUGAUCUAACAUACUAUGACCCUGGUCUUGGAUCAUGCGGAAUAUCCAGUAAAUCCUCUGAGAAAAUUUGUGCCGUGUCACACGUUGUCUUUGACGCAGCCUCGACUUCGGAAAACCCGAACGAGAACCCCCUUUGCGGAUUGAAAUUGCGUAUACGCAGGGGCGAUAAAAGUGUCGACGUCAAGGUUGUGGAUCGCUGCCCAGGUUGCAGUGUCGAUGACUUGGACGUAUCCUCAGCUGUUUUUGAGGAAUUGGGUGAUCUGGCGGAAGGGAGGGUAACAGUGGAUUGGGCCUGGUUGGACAAAAUCCCUGUCGCGAUGGAAUGA